AUGAACGAUGAUGACGAACCGGAAGGUUAUACAUGGGAAGUGGAUUAUGCGGACGGGUUGAAUAUCCGGGAUGUACUGCAUGAAGAUGAAAGUGGUUCAAUUGAGAAAUCAGUGGCUAAGCUGAUACUUGAUACAAAACGGAAAAAACGUCUUAAUAAUCGGCCGGCUAAAGUCCGCUUGGGAAUUAUGCGUUAUUUGUAUCUAGUCAUUGAUUGUUCAUUUUCAAUGGCUGAUAAAUCAAUACCACCUUCACGUCUUGCUGUUACGAUUAAGGCUUUAAACCAGUUUCUCGACAAGUUUUCAGAGCAAAACCCUAUUUCGCAAGUGGGUAUUGUAGUUUGCAAAGAUAAACGAGCCGAAUGCCUGAUUCCUCUUACUGGUAAUGUUCGCUUAGUGAAGGAAUCCUUAUCGACGAUAACGGAAGUGUUGUGCCAUGGGGAGUUUUCAUUGCAUAACAGUUUGAUGGCCGCUAUUAAAAGUCUACAUAGUUAUCCGGGUUACGCUAGUCGAGAGGUAAUAUUGAUCGUGGCAAGUCUUUCAACAUGUGAUCCUUCAAAUAUUUUUGGCACAUUUGAGUUACUGAAAAGGUAUCACAUACGUUGUUCAGUGAUUUCCCUCAGUGCGGAAGUUUUCAUCUUCAGGAAACUUUGUUCUGCUACAUCAGGAUGUCACAACGUAAUACUGGAUAGUACUCAUUUCGAGGUGAUUUUGAAUGAGCAUGCGAAUCCUCCUAUAUCUAGUCGAAAUGCGGAAAGCAGCGUUGUUCGAAUGGGUUUUCCAGCCCACGAAAGCAUAGAUUCCCCUUCAUUUUGUUUAUGCCAUCAGUCAGAGAUUCGGCCAUCGGGUGGAAGAGGUUUUUUCUGUCCACAGUGCGGAGCACGUUAUUGCAGUUUACCAGUUGAGUGUCGAAUCUGCAAAUUAACUUUAAUCUCAGCACCUCAACUUGCGCGUUCUUUGCAUAAUUUAUUGCCACUACCAGCUUUUGAAGAAAUCGACACAACGGAAAGGGUCUGUUUUGCUUGUAUCCGACAACUUGAUGAUAAAAGUUUCGUUUGUAAGAAUUGCAAAUCGACGUUCUGUAUAGACUGUGAUGUUUUAUUGCAUGAGUCAUUGCAAAUUUGCCCUGGUUGUAAAUCCGGUCAUAAUGAAAAAAUUAAUGGGAAAGUGAAGAAGCCGACUGUUCAGUCAGCGAAACUGAAUCCAUUCGAACUGAAAUACAAUCGUUCAAAGCACAGGAUACUCGGGACAAAAGCAGUAUCAGCUGCGUGUGGUGCACCAGGGCUAUCAAAGAAAAAGGCCUUUGAAAAUAGGACUAGGACAUUGGCUGUGGAAUGGAAGGAACGUGGGAAGCGUAAUAAGAUUAUUGAUCAGCGCAUCGGUGAAGCUAAUAGCAUGAUGGAUAAUGAAGAAUGUAUUUCGAAGCGAUUCACUGCAGAACGUUUAAAAAUUUUCGAAGCAACCAAUUCAGAACUAACAAAUGAAGAAAAAUUGACUCAUAGGGGACGAGAAUUAGCCAAAGUGGAGAAGUAUGAUCGAUCGAUGUUAAGCGAUGAAGAUGAUGAUGAUGAAGCGAGAGGAGGAGGAAGUAUUGGUGCGAGUACUGUGGCUGCAAUUCAUUUUGGUGGUGGAGUUGCAGCAUUCACGGAAGAUACAGCCAGCAAAAGGCGAAACUUUAUUACUGAACUGAUAGCAAAAACAAAACAACAGCGUUACGACAAAAAGUUAGCUCGUGAUGAACGUGAAGAUGCAACAGAAAGAUUAGAUAAAAAGUGGAAUGAAAUUCAGCAAACAGACGCUAUUUCCACUUUUGUAAGGCCUGUGAAAGACAAAUCAAGUAUGGGUGGACCUGAGAAAGACGAUUAUGACCAUUUGUUCUAUGAGCUUCAAAUGGAUAGUGGAAAAAGAGGAGAAGCAAGUGAACGGCAGAAAACAAAAGAAGAAAUAGCAUACGAGGAGCGUGAGAAGCUAGUUAGACAAGAAAAAGCUCGUCUUGCCCGGAUAGAUAAGGACGAUAUCAGAGAAGCAAAAAAGAAAUCAGGAACUGUUGGUAAUAAAGAAGAUUUUGUGGUGAAAUACGAUGGCUCAGGUGUGCUUAUGAAUGCAGAAAAGCUUAAAAAAGGACGAAUAAAAAUAGUUCGUACUGAAUCAUCGGAUGAGGGAUAUGAAUUCGAAAGCGACGAAGUGGAUGAGAACGAAGAAGAGGAUGAUUUUGAUGCAUUGGUGAAUGGUGAUGAACAAAUCAAUUUACCGCCAUCUAGCUUAAAAAACAUUGCUGCAAAUGCAGAAACGAAAAUUCGGAAAGGAUCAGAAAAUGGGGAAUUACCUUUUGUGAUUGAUUUGCCUCAGAAAUAUGAAAGUCUGAAAAAAUUACUGGAUGCUGAGAAUGAUGCAAACUGUGAAGUAAUCAUUAAAAGACUAAUAAAACUGUAUCAUCCAAGUCUUCGUGAAGGGAAUAAAUCACAACUUGGCCGGUUAUUUACACUUCUUCUCAGGUAUUACGAUGACUUAUCCAAGGAACGAGUAGUAAAAAUAACUUUGAUUGGUUAUAUAUCACGAGGAUUAUAUUGUUUGAUGAAGUUCAACAUUGAGCACAGUGCACGUUGCAUGCGUGCUCUCCUACGCCAACAGUAUGCACUACAUGCAAGUGCUCCACGUGAAAUGUUUACCUUUCGCUUUAUUGCAUUUCUGAAAUUGGUUUCAACUUUGUAUCCAAUGCGUGACGCGUUUCAUCCCGUUGUCAGUCCAACACUUGCAUUUGCAUGCCGUCUUAUCUCAGCUGCACGAAUGUGUGCUAUAAAAGACAUUACACGCAUGUUAUUAAUGGUUAGAAUGCUCAGUUCAUUUGUCGAAGAAAGUAAGAGGUAUCUACCGGAGGUUAUCGCUUUUCUUCAUGGCAUUUUUUUAAUGGCAGUUGAAAGCAGAGAUGAUGAACGUUGUCCAAUGGCAACCUUUCCCAUAUCAUUGCCACAUCGCAGGAUGCUUUUUGUUACUGACGAUUGUUCAACGAUUGAAAUACCUUCCCAGCUAGAUGUAACGCAAGUUUUCGCUGAUGAUAUAGAUAGCUUUGAAGAAAGCAACAAGAAUCGAUUAUGUGUUCUAAAUAUUGCUUUCACCGUUUUAUGUCGGUUUAGCUUUAUUUAUUCCAAUAUUAUCAGCUUCUCUAUAAUCUUCAGGCCAUUGCUAGGCUUGCUGUCGCGAUUACCGCGUAAUCUAUUUCCGGCUCAGUUGCUGACGGAAUUAUCUGCUCUGGAAUCAUUUAUCACCGCUCAGUCCUCAAGAAAUUUACUGAAACAACUCCAACGGCCAAUGAAACAGAAAAAAAUGCUGAAUCUGUUGGAACCACGUUUUGAUGAAAACCGUGAUAUAAAAAAGGCACAGUGCGAAAAAAAGAUCGCGAAGAAAUCGGAAAAAGUUGAAAUCAAACAACUCACUAAAAAGUACAAGAAAGAAUUACGCGGAACAGUUCGAGAACUGCGUCGUGACAAUCAAUUUUUAAAUAGAGAAAAACGGCGGGAAAUGUUGGAAAAUGAUAAGGUUCGGAAGGAAAAGACGAAAUGGUUGAUAUCCACUUUACAAGGACAGGAAAGUGAAUACAAAAAGAAUGCCCACAUGAAACACAAGUUGUGAACAGCAUUACUGAUUAAGAAUUUUUGAACAGAUUCACUGAGUUGUUGAAGUUACUAGGUCACUGUUAUCUUUUUAUUUCUUUACAAUUCAAAUAAAUCAUUUUGAUGAUUCUUCUACAGUUUAAU